UGGGUUGUCUAAAAUCAAUAAUCAUUAUAAGACAUGUAUUUAACAACGUUAUCUCCACAUGUCAUAAAGUGAUUGGUUAUUUAGAUAUUCUCAAAAUAAUCUUAAAUACAUGUCCCAAUUUAGUUGACUAUUUUCUCACCUCUCCCAAUUUCAACCUGAACCUCAAACUUCAUCAUCAUCGUGUCAUAUACAAACACACCAAAAAUCACCACCACACAAAAAACCACGUAGUAUCAAUAAAAGAUAAACGAAUCUUUGUUGCUGUUGUUGUUUCAAGUUUCAACACAAACUCAAUAUGAACAACAACAACAUCAACAAAAACAAGAACCCAUUUUGAAUUUGAAUUCUUUUUUUCUCUCUUCAAUUGAAUGGAGCUUUCUCUAACACUAACACCAAACCCUUCUUCAACUUCACUCUCUCACUUUUCCAAGCUAUGUGAAUUUCAUCAAAGGAAGAAAAGAGUAACCUUUUUGGAUUCUUCAAGAGUAGUUUCACUUCGUUGUAUUAAAGCUUCUGCAGAACGAACCGGUGAUACAAUUGAUGACAGGGGAGAGACUCGAACCGGGUUCACUACACCGGCUGCUAUGGAAGUAACAACCACAUUCAACCGUGGAUUCAAUGAUGCUUCUGCUGCUGAUUUUCCUGUUUGGGAAAAAAUUGGUGCUGUUGUUAGACUCAGCUAUGGAAUCGGGAUUUAUGGUGCUAUGGCUGUUGCGGGGAGUUUUAUAUGUUCGAUAACUGGAAUUGAUUCUCUUGGGGGUUUUCAUUUAUCAUUAGAUGCUAUUCUUGAAGGGCUUGGAUAUGCAGUUCCUCCAAUUAUGGCUCUUCUUUUUAUACUUGAUGACGAAGUUGUUAAGCUAUCACCCCAUGCUCGUGCCAUUAGAGAUGUAGAGGAUGAAGAACUAUGGAGUUUUUUCUAUGGGAUGUCACCUUUGCAGUUUAUACUGAUGGUUGCUGCAAGUUCAGUAGGAGAGGAGCUCUUCUAUAGGGCUGCAGUUCAGGGGGCACUUGCUGAUAUAUUUUUACGAGGCAGUGAUCUUAUACAAGAUGUUCGAGGAAUGGCGUCUUUGUCAGGGGUGCUGCCUCCAUUUGUUCCAUUUGCUCAGGCGCUUGCAGCUGUACUUACUGCUAUCCUUACUGGUUCUCUCUAUUAUGUGGCUGCCUCUCCGAAAGAUCCUACCUACAUUGUUGCGCCGGUUUUACAAUCUCCCUCUAGUCGACAAGAUUUGAAAAAGCUGUUUGAAGCAUGGUAUGAGAAAAGGCAAAUGAAGAAAAUCUAUUCUCCACUUCUAGAAGGGCUGUUGGCUCUCUACCUCGGUUUCGAGUGGAUCCAAACAGAUAAUAUUCUUUCUCCCAUUAUCACACAUGGGAUUUACUCCACUGUUAUAUUGGGACAUGGCCUUUGGAAGAUACACGACCACAAGCGAAGACUACGGCAAAGAAUCCAAAAACUCAAAUCAGAAGAAAAAAAUUUCAACUAAAUUUUGAAAUGAUCUUCAUGACAGAUUUUGGUGAAAAAUUUGUAUAUGUAUUAGAGUUGUUAAUAAUGUAAAGAGAAUAUGUGUAUAAUUAUGUGUUAGUUGAGGUCUCAUACAUACAGAAGAUGCAAAGUUUUGAUUACACUAUAGGAUUCUCUAAUUUAGAAUCAUCAAUGUUUUUGCUGUUUUGUAAUAAAAUUGGAUAAUCCAAAAGUUGGAUUAAUGCAAUAAAAUAUCAUAUAUGUUUUGUUUUUA